GUCUCUUUCCACGAUUAUUCUGAAGAAAAGCAAAAACAAAACUCUCCUCUCUCACAAAUUCACUCUACCCCACUUGUCUCUUUCCACGAUUAUUCUGAAGAAAAGCAAAAACAAAACUCUCCUCUCUCACAGCGAAUAUUCACGGCUCUUCUCUCUAAAAAAAAGCUUCCUUCCACCAUUGAAGGCCACUCGGAAAUCUCUCGGUUCUCUGCUCUCAGUCACUCUCGGUCUCUCUUGCUUCACUCCCUCUCGCCGCCACUUCUCUCUCUAACGGCUCUCUCACGCUAUCUCGCUUCUACCCUUUUUCAACAUUGCAAUGGGUGAUGAUGAUGCCCUCAAGUUACUCUUUCAUGUUUCCAACUCCCAUACCUUAGAAAACUCGUUAGAUAUUCUCAUUCAAACCGCCAAGUCUGAUUCUGGACGUUCCAAAAGAAUCCUCCCUGCACUUCUCACUAUACUUCAAUCACAAACCCUUCUUAUAGAUUACAAUAUUCUAUCCUUGUGUUUCAAGCUCCUCAGAAACCUGUGUGCUGGUGAACUUGUCAAUCAGAAUUUGUUUCUUGAGUUUCAUGGGGUUCUUAUUGUUGUUUCGAGGUUGGAGGAUGGUUCUGAUCCCAUGUUGGUGAGAUGGGGUUUGCAGGUUUUGGCAAAUGUUUGUUUGGCUGGGAAACAGCAUCAGAGGGCUAUUUGGGAAGAGUUGUUUCCAUUUGGUUUUGUGUCGCUUGCGAGACUUGGAAGUAAGGAAGUAUGUGAUCCGCUGUGUAUGGUGAUUUAUACUUGUUGUGAUGGAAAUCCAGAAUGGUUUGGAGAGCUUUGUAGCGAUACUGGUUGGCCUGUAGUGGUAGAAUUAGUGAGAACUGCUUCUUCUGCUAGUUUUGGCGAGGAUUGGAUAAAGUUGAUUCUCUCAAGAAUUUGUCUUGAAGAAUCUCAAUUGCCUGAAUUGUUUUCUAAAUUACGGCUUAAGGAUAUUCACGAGGGUGAAGAUGGUGAUUCAAAAGAUGAUCAGUUUUCAUCUGAACAAGCGUUUCUUCUGCAAAUCCUAUCAGAAAUUUUGAAUGAGCGAAUCGAAGAUGUUACUGUUUCGAAGGAUGUUGCGUUGUUUGUUUAUGGAAUAUUCAAGAAAUAUAUGGGGGUUCUUGAGCAUUCAGUGAGAGGCAAGUCUGGUCUUCCGACUGGCAUUACUGCAGUGGACGUUCUUGGCUACUCGCUUACUAUAUUGAGGGACAUCUGUGCUAAUGAUAGUGCGAGAUGUAAAGCAGAGGAUGCAAAUGACGUUGUUGAUGUGUUAUUGUCAAAUGGUCUCAUUGAGUUGCUUUUGAUUGUGCUUGGGGACCUUGAACCUCCAGCAAUAAUCCGAAAAGGAAUCAAACAAUCUGAGAAUCAAGAUGGUGCUAGUUCUUCCUCGAAACCAUGCCCUUACAAGGGCUUUAGGAGAGACAUAGUUGCACUUGUUGGAAAUUGUGUUUAUAAAAGGAAGCAUGCACAAGACGAACUGCGGAAUAGGAAUGGAGUUCUAUUGCUAUUGCAACAAUGUGUUACUGAUGAAGAUAAUCCUUUCCUGAGAGAAUGGGGGAUAUGGUCUGUCAGGAAUAUGUUGGAGGGAAAUGAGGAGAAUCAAAAGGUAGUUUCUGAAUUGCAGCUGCAGGGAUCUGCUGAUAUGCCCGAAAUUUCUGCACUUGGUCUUCGAGUUGAGGUUGAUCAAAAUACUCGGCGUGCAAAGCUUAAUGCUGAAGAUAAUCAUUACAAUGAAGGAGUGAAACCGAGACUUGAGUUUGUUAUAACUUCUGAUGAUAUUACUGAUACUGGUGCUCCGGCGACUUUGCUUAUUUUCAAUAACGAAAAGGGAUUUUCUCCGAAAAACAUUGAGUCCAUCUGUAGUGUUGGACGAUCAACCAAGAAAGGGAACCGGAGUAGUGGUUACAUUGGAGAGAAAGGAAUUGGUUUCAAGAGUGUGUUUUUGGUUACUGCCCAGCCUGAUAUUUUUAGCAAUGAAUAUCAGAUAAGGUUCAAUGAGAAGCCAUGUCCACAUUGCAGUCUUGGUUAUAUAGUUCCUGAAUGGGUUGAGGAGAAGCCAACCCUUGCGGACAUUAAGAAGAUAUAUGGUCAAGAUAUUCUUCCAGCUACGACAAUUGUCUUACCUUUGAAGUCAGAUAAGGUCAAUCCUGUCAAACAGCAGCUGUCAAAUGUUCAUCCAGAAGUCCUUUUGUUUCUGACAAAAAUCAGACAACUUUCAGUCAAAGAAGUUAACGAGAAUCCCACACAGAACACUGUAACUGCUGUAUCAAUUUCAAGCGAGGUUGACUUUAUGACAAGGAAAAACAUGAAUGCUGAGUCUUACACACUCCAUCUCUCUGCAGAGGAAAAUAGUGAUGAUGAGAUGGAAUGGUUUGACGAAUGGGAACUCUUUCACGCUUCUCUAGUUGAUCCGGAGGGUGAUCAGAAUCAAAAAGUAGAUCAUAGACGUUUGCACAGUGCUGAUGAAGAGGAGGAGAGGGUGUGCUUGCAAGGAACUCCGACGAUUAAGUCAGUAGGAGCAGAGAUACGUAAGAGCAUUUCAUGGGUUUAAAACUGUGUUACCUGGUCCUCAAAUGAGAGGGUUUUAUAUUGUCCCUCAGCGCUUGACCAUUGGUCCACGUUUUGGGCCGGAUCAUGGAUUUAGGCCCAAAACUUGUGAUUGCCAGGAUUCUCGGAGCAUCUUGAGGAAUCCUGGGAGCCAUAGAAUGGGAGAAAGCCCAGCCAUCGGGCAGAGGAAAUAAUGUUCUUAUUGCCCAUAGGUUGUUAGGUCAAUGCUAUUGGGUCGUCCUGGGGCAGGUACGGAUUGGACCAUGCCUGUUCAUUGGGCCAGUCCAGAACACUAGUGAAUUAAGAUAUUAUUGAAUUAGAAUUAGCAUCAUGUUGUUACCCGUAUUUAAAAUUCUUCUAGGUAAACCAUUCCAUGUCGAGUCAGAUCACAGUCAUUCGCCGUAUUCAAUUACCUUGGCAUAGGACGUAACAAAGAUAUGAAAAUAUAUUGAUUUUUUAACAAUGUACAAAUGUAUUAUAAUUUUCGCUUAAAUCAUAUAUCAAAAUACGCAGUUUUGACUAA